CAGUCCCUCUUGCGAGAACACCAGAAUCACAACUAACUGUUGAACAAUCAUCCACAGGAAGACACUGGAACUCACCAAAAAAGAUACCCCGCAUCCAAAGACAAAGGAGAAGCCACAAUGAGAAGAUAGGAGGGGCGCAAUCACAGUAAAAUCAAAUCCCAUAACUGGUGGGUGGGUGAAUCACAGAACAAUUAUACCACAGAAGUCCACCCACUGGAGUGAAGGUUCUGAGCCCCAUGCCAGGAUUUCCAACCUGGUUGUCCAGCAAUGGGAGGAGGAAUUCCUAGAGAAUCAGACUUUGAAGCCUAGUGGGAAUUGAUUGCAGGACUCUGACAGGGCUGGGGGAAACAGAGACUCCACUCUUGGAGGGCACACACAAAGUAAUGUGCGGGGGAAGGAGCCCAGGGGAAGGAGCAGUGACCCCAGGGGAGACUGAACCAGACCUACCUGCUAGUGUUGAAGGGUCUCCUGUAGAGGCGGGUGGUGGCUGUGGCUCACUGUGAGGACAAGGACACUGGCAGCAGAAGUUCUGGGAAGUACUCCUUGGCGUGAGCCCUCCCAGAGUCUACCAUUAGCCCAACCAAAGAGCCCAGCUAGGCUCCAGUGUUGGGUUGCCUCAGGCCAAACAACCAACAGGGAGGGAACCCAGCCCCACCCAUCAGCAGACAAGCAGAUUAAAGCUUUACUGAGCUCUGCCCACCAGAGUAACACCCACCACCAGUCCCUCCAUCAGGAAACGUGCUCAAUCCUCUUAGAUAGCCUCAUCCACCAGAGGGCAGACAGCAGAAGCAAGAAGAACUACAAUCCUGCAGCCUGUGGAACAAAAACCACAUUCACAGGAAGAUAGACAAGAUGAAAAAGCAGAGGGCUAUGUACCAGAUGAAUGAACAAGAUAAAACCCCAGAAAAACAACUAAAUGAAAUGGAGAUAGGCAACCUUCCAGAAAAAUAAUUCAGAAUACUGAUAGUGAAGAUGAUCCAAGACCCUGGACAAAGAAUGGAGGCAAAGAUCGAGAAGAUGCAAGAAAUGUUUAACAAAGACCUAGAAGAAUUAAAGUACAAACAAUUAAAGUACAAACAAACAGAGAUGAACACUACAAUAACUGAAAUUAAAACUACACUGGAAGGAAUCUAUAGCAGAAUAACUGAGGCAGAAGAAUGGAUAAGUGACCUGGAAGACAGAAUGGUGGAAUUCACUGCUGUGGAACAGAAUAAAGAAAAAAGAAUGAAAAGAAAUGAAGACAGCCUAAGAGACAUCUAGGACAACAUUAAACACAACAACAUUCACAUUAUAGGGGUCGCAGAAGGAGAAGAGAGAGAGAAAGGACCCGAGAAAAUAUUUGAAGAGAUUAUAGUCGAAAACUUCCCUAACAUGGGAAAGGAAAUAGCUAUGCAAGUCCAGGAAGCACAGAGAGUCCCAUACAGGAUAAACCCAAGGAGAAACACGCCGAGACACAUAGAAAUCAAACUGGCAAAAAUUAAAGACAAAGAAAAAUUCUUGAAAGCAGCAAGGGAAAAAUGACAAAUAACAUACAAAGGGCUUCCUGUUCUGAUGGACGCUCCGGCAGUAACAAUGAUCGGGGACAUCCUGCUGUUUGGGAUGCUGUUGAUGAACGCCGGGGCAGUGCUCAACUUUAAGCUGAAAAAGAAGGACACGCAAGGCUUUGAGGAGGAGUCGAGGGAGCCCAGCACAGGUGACAACAUCCAGGAGUUCUUGCUGAGCCUCAGAUAUUUUCGAACCUUCAUUGCCCUAUGGAAUGUCUUCAUGAUGUUCUGCAUGAUCUUGCUCUUUGGCUCCUGAGCUCCAGGUACAGAACCGGAAACACACCUUCACAGAGUGUCUCUUCCUCCAUCCUGACGACUUCAAGAAUGUUUCUGACCAGAAAAGCAGUGACCUUCCCAGAAAGUCCAAGCUUGUGGUGGGUGGAAAAAAUGUUUGCCAAGAUGAACACAGUUUCCCAGCCACGUCACUGUUGUCUUUUCAAAGAUAUUUUCAUUUUGACCUCUGCCUUGAAAUGCUGUCUACUUAAAAGAGUUUGAAGGGUGUUUAUGUGAGGGGCUGUGGUGUCUAGAUUGUUUAAUCAGAUCGGAAUCCCUCUUCUACCAAACUUUCACAGGAAACCCAUUUCUGGGUAUUUCUUGGUUUAUUUUUAAUAACCAUCAUUUUUUUGGUUCAAAUUAUACAGAUUUUUAAAAAUCUUUUGUAUCCAGGAAUCUGAAGCAGAAAAGUUGGCUUUUAAGUUUGAUGCAGCCUCUCAUUGGACUACAUUUGUGAGGAAUGAACAAGUUCAUUGUUGUUGCGUCUGUGUCCAAAUUCAUUCCCUAUCCCAAUGGGCUCUGCUUGGCCACUCCAUGCUGCUGAGGUUGUCCCCAGGACUUGAAGGGUGAAGUGUUAUGGGUUCCUGUGGAACAGAGGUGCAGAGCAGUUGGCAGGGUGGAUGGGGGUUUUAUAAGAAACUUUGGCUUGCCUUGAAGCCCUCUAUUAAAGUAACUUUUGGGCCCAUUAAUUGUAUAGUUUUUAGAAUGAGAGUGAUUUAUGUGGUGAUAUUGGGACCCAGUUCUGAAAGCUUGGGUUUUGGGGUCUGCUUUUCAAAUGGAUGAUUUCAAGGUUGAAAAACAAGCCUCAUUGGAGGAAAUACAGCAUUUUGCAUAGAAGCUUCUUUGAAAGGGAGUCCUGGUUUAAUUGCCGACAUGACACUUGGGUGGUCAGUGCCCGGAUCCUAUAGGUGUUUGAUUUGUUUGUUGUGGUUUUUGAAAUCCUAACUUGCACUUAACCUGGUGGGAGGAAAAAAUAAUUAUACAGGCUCUUAGAACUAAAGAGCAUUGAAAAUAAAGCUCAUUUCUAAAAAGGAAAAAAAAAAAAACAUACAA